ACAGUAAAAAAAAGCUAAAAAUUCUAUCAAGCUUGUAUGGCCGUUUCAAUUUGUUUUAUUCUGUCUGUUCAAUGGUAAAUACUGUCUUUCAUUUCUCAAUUUGUGCAUAGAUUUGGUAGCCAAGAGAAGUGUUGAAAUCACCAAUAUGUUCUCAACAAGUUCACAGAAAAAGUUUUGGACAUUUAGUGACGAGAACGAGCUCGCACGGCUACGGGAGAAACACAAUAUACAGUACAUCUCCAAACAUGCAGCCCACAUCGACGAGUACCAGAGAUAUAACUUUUUCUUGUCGCCCGAAGAAGAAAGGUUACUGCUGAAGCAGUACGAACUGCAUCUCAAAGACUUUUGCAAGAGAUUUAGCCCGCCUAUGCCAAAAGGCGUAGUAGGAACAGCUUUUCACUAUUUCAAAAGGUUCUAUCUAUACAAUUCUUCAAUGGAUUACCAUCCUAAAGAAAUAUUAGCAACAUGUGUCUAUUUGGCGUGUAAAGUGGAAGAAUUUAAUGUAUCUAUAGGUCAGUUUGUUGCAAACAUAAAGGGAGAUAGAGAGAAAGCCUCGGAUAUUAUCUUAAACAAUGAAUUACUGUUAAUGCAACAACUUAAUUACCAUUUGACUAUACACAAUCCAUUCCGGCCUGUGGAAGGUUUUCUAAUUGAUAUUAAAACACGUUGUAGUUUAGCAAAUCCUGAGCGUUUGAGAAGUGGAAUAGAUGAGUUUCUUGAAAAAGUUUUUUUGACAGAUGCAUGUCUGCUCUAUGCUCCUUCUCAAAUAGCUCUGGCUGCUGUCCUGCAUGCGGCCAGCAAGGAACAAGAGAAUUUGGACAGUUAUGUCACUGAUAUGUUGUUCAGAGAUGCUGGAAAUGACAAACUGGCUAUUCUGAUUGAAGCGGUCCGGAAAAUUCGGUCUCUGGUUAAGAUGGUCGAAAGUCCUGCUCGGGAAAAAGUGAGAGUCAUAGAGAAGAAGUUAGACAGAUGUAGGAAUCAGGAGAACAAUCCGGACAGUGAGAUUUACAAAAGGAGAAUGAGGGAGGCCCUUGACGAAGAUGAUAUGCCGUAUCAAGGUUCAAGUCGGAUGUCUUUAGAUACCAGUGGAGUGACUCAAGUGUUGUCUCCCUCUGCAUCUUAGAUUUAAGAUGAAAAAAAUAUUUUUAUGAAAGGACAACUCUUCAUUCAUCAGAUGUCAAUAAACUCUUCAUUUUAAUCUGAUGGAAGAAGUUCUAAUAUGUAAUCUUUACUAAAUAUAACUAUAACAAGUACAUAAUAAAACAGACAACUUAAUAA